AGGCGCUGGAUGACAUCGAGCCAGAAGAAGGCCUCCCAGUGGAGGAGACAGAGACUUCGUUGUUUGCCAGCCCCUCUCAGACGGGCCUUAUUGGAGUGCUGAAGCAGUUUUGCCUCCUGGGCUCCGUUGUCCGCGCAAGGGCUCGCUGCAUUCGUCGCCGUAUCCCCGCCAAUCCCGAGGCUCAGCCGCUGAGUUUUGCGCCGGCUGUUGCUGCUGGCUUGGAGGCAGCUCUUCAGAAGCUGCUCACUCUCUCGCGUUCCCUCUUCCUCACCACCAAGAAUGCUGGUCAACUGAUGGCCACUCAAAUGGUGAGACCGUACCCCCUGCUCCUGCAUUUGUCACUUUUGUGCAAUUUAAGCCGAGAUUUGCGUUUCGCUUGA